GUUCAGUUCAGUGUCUACUUUUGCCUCCAGAAAAAUCAAAACACUCCCUUCAAUUUCUUUCAUUUUGUAACCCAAAAAAUGCCUUCAGAGGACGCAAAAACUGCAAAGGUAAAGAAACAAGAAGACGAAGAAGACGAGAAUAAUAGUUUGAGUUCCAUUCGAAAAACCCACAAGAAAACUUCAAUCCCUAAACCCAAGAAAGAGGAUUCCGACGAUGAUUUUGACACUCCGCUGAGCAAGACUAAAAGCUCUUCAAAUUCCCGCUCUAAGACACCUAAAGCCAAGAAAGAAGACGAUGACGAUGAUGAUAACAAACCCAUCUCUACCAAGAAAUCCGUUGCCAAGAAGGUCACAACUGAACUGAACAAGAAAAAUGAGGAAGAGAAAAAGAAGAGAGUCGUGGCCACUGAGCAAAAUGGGAAGAAGAAGGAGAAGAAAGUUUAUGAUUUGCCUGGCCAGAGACGAGACCCUCCUGAGGAGAGAGACCCGCUUAGGAUUUUCUACGAGACACUAUAUAAACAACUUCCCAAUAGCGAAAUGGCGCAAUUAUGGAUGAUGGAAUCUGGUCUGCUCUCCAAAGAAGAGGCAAAGAAAGUUUACGAGAGAAAACUGAAGAAGAAGAAUCAGCAGAAGCCGAGUACUCCCAGCAAAGCAAUUACUUCUACAAAAAAGACUGAUUCUGCAACUGUGAAAAAGAAGACUGAAUCUGCAACUGUUAAGAAAAAGACACCAUCGCCUGUUGUAAAGAAGACGGCAAACUCCAAUGUCGAAACAAAGAAGUCUAAGAAGCGCAAGAGUGCUGAUGAGAGUGAUGAGGACGAAUCUGAUGAGGAUUUCAUAAUUAAUAAAAGCACAAAGAAACAGAGAGCAUCUUAGAUAAAACAACAUUGUUCGUCUUCUUGAUUCUCUAGUCUCUUGGAAGCUGUUUAUUUUUAUUACAAAUUCACUCAAUUCUUACCAAAAUUUUAAUGCGUUUCUCAUGAUUUUUGAAGCAUUAGAAAACUGAGGAUCUUAAUUCUUAACAUGACGUACUUAAUGUUUUAGCAGCUAAGUAUAUUUAAUGAUUAUUAUCAUUUUUCA